AUGGAGGUGACGGCGGACCAGCCGCGCUGGGUGAGCCACCACCACCCGGCGGUCCUCAACGGGCAGCACCCGGACACGCACCACCCGGGCCUCGGCCACUCGUACAUGGACCCGGCGCAGUACCCACUGCCCGAGGAGGUGGAUGUACUUUUUAACAUCGACGGGCAAGGCAACCACGUCCCGCCGUACUACGGAAACUCCGUCAGGGCCACGGUGCAGAGGUACCCUCCGACCCACCACGGGAGCCAGGUGUGCCGCCCGCCUCUGCUGCACGGGUCCCUGCCCUGGCUGGACGGCGGGAAAGCCUUGGGCAGCCACCACACCGCCUCGCCCUGGAACCUCAGCCCGUUCUCCAAGACGUCCAUCCACCACGGCUCCCCGGGGCCGCUCUCCGUCUACCCCCCGGCCUCGUCGUCGUCCCUGUCGGCCGGCCACUCCAGCCCGCACCUCUUCACCUUCCCGCCCACGCCGCCGAAGGACGUCUCCCCGGACCCGUCCCUGUCCACUCCGGGCUCGGCCGGCUCUGCCCGGCAGGACGAAAAAGAGUGCCUCAAGUACCAGGUGCCGCUGCCCGACAGCAUGAAGCUGGAGGCGUCGCACUCACGCGGCAGCAUGCCCGCCCUGGCCGGGGCCUCGUCGUCGGCCCACCACCCCAUCACCACCUACCCGCCCUACGUGCCCGAAUACAGCUCCGGACUCUUCCCGCCCAGCAGCCUGCUGGGCGGCUCCCCCACUGGCUUCGGAUGUAAGUCGCGGCCCAAGGCGCGGUCCAGCACAGAAGGCAGGGAGUGUGUGAACUGCGGGGCGACCUCGACCCCCUUGUGGCGGCGCGAUGGGACCGGGCACUACCUUUGCAACGCCUGCGGACUCUACCACAAAAUGAACGGACAGAACCGGCCCCUCAUCAAGCCCAAGCGAAGGCUGUCGGCAGCCAGGAGAGCCGGGACUUCCUGUGCGAACUGUCAGACCACGACGACCACCCUCUGGAGGAGGAAUGCCAAUGGGGACCCUGUGUGCAAUGCCUGCGGGCUCUACUACAAGCUGCACAAUAUUAACAGACCCCUGACUAUGAAGAAGGAAGGCAUCCAGACCAGAAACCGAAAAAUGUCUAGCAAAUCCAAAAAGUGCAAAAAGGUGCACGACACGCUGGAGGACUUCCCCAAGAGCAGCUCGUUCAACCCGGCCGCCCUGUCCAGACACAUGUCCUCGCUGAGCCACAUCUCCCCGUUCAGCCACUCCAGCCACAUGCUGACCACGCCCACGCCGAUGCACCCGCCGUCCAGCCUCUCCUUCGGACCUCACCAUCCCUCCAGUAUGGUCACCGCCAUGGGCUAG